CAAUCAGUGGUUUCUUCAUUGGUUAUCCAAAAAAAUGUAAGGGGUAUCGAUUUUAUUGCCCUAACCAUAGUAAAAGAAUUGUUGAAACUGGAAAUGCUAGGUUCAUUGAGAAUGCUGAAGUUAGUGGGAGCUUAGAGCCACGUAAUGUGGAAAUUCAAGAAGUUAGAGUGAAAAUCUCUUUGCCUCUUCCCUCUUCUCAAGUUGUUGCUCCUGCACAUGUUGAGCAUGAUAACGAUUUGCAAGAACAACAAAUGAACGGUCAAGCACCACAAAAUAUUGCUAUUGAGAAUGAACCUAACAUAGAUGAACCACAAGAAAUCACAUUAAGAAGGUCUACAAGAAAUCGAAGACCUGCAAUUUCGAAUGAUUAUGAGGUUUAUCUUCACGGGUUAGAAUCUGACUUAGGACUCUAUCAUGAUCCAGUUUCAUUUUCACAAGCCAUGGAAAGUGAGCAUUCUGAUAAAUGGUUAGCAGCCGCGAAAGAAGAGAUGAAAUCUAUGUAUAAAAAUGAAGUUUGGGACCUUGUUGAUUUGCCUGAAGGUUGUAAAAGAGUUGGUAAUAGAUGGGUCUGGAAGACCAAACACGACUCUAAUGGCAAUAUCGAAAGACACAGGGCCAGACUUGUUGCCAAAGGUUUCACUCAGAAAAGUGGUGUUGACUAUAAAGAGACAUUUUCACCUGUCUCUAAGAAAGACUCCUUAAGGAUUGUCAUGGCAAUGGUAGCUCAUUAUAAUCUAGAGCUCCAUAAGAUGGAUGUGAAAACCGCCUUUCUGAAUGGGAAUUUAGAUGAAGCAGUCUAUAUGGAUCAACCUGAAGGUUUUGUGGUUGAGGGAAAAGAACAUAUGGUGUGUAAAUUAAAGAAGUCAAUAUACGGACUUAAACAAGCUUCCCGACAAUGGUAUAUUAAGUUCAAUGAUACCAUUACAUCUUUUGGAUUUAAGGAGAACAUCGUCGAUCGAUGUAUAUAUCUGAAGAUUAGUGGGAGCAAGUUUAUAAUUUUACUUCUGUAUGUUGACGAUAUCUUGCUUGCUACUAAUGAUCUUGGUUUAUUACAUCAAACCACGUAGUUUCUCUCUAUGAACUUUGAAAUGAAGGAUUUGGGUGAGGCAUCCUUUAUGAUUGGAAUAGAAAUAUUUCGUGAUAGAUCACAAGGACUGUUGGGAUUGUCUCAGAAAUCAUACAUUAACCAGAUCCUAGAGAGAUACAACAUGGUUGAAUGCUCUACAAAUGUCGUUCCAAUUCAGAAGGGAGAUAAAUUUAGUCUCAAACAAUGUCCAAAGAAUGAAUUGGAACGCAAGCAAAUGGAACACAUUCCUUAUGAAUCUAUUGUUGGAAGUUUGAAUUAUGCACAAACUUGUACCAGACCAGACAUCAGUUUUGCUGUCGGAAUGCUGGGCAGGUAUCAAAGUAAUCCAGGAGUAGAUCAUUGGAAAGAUGCAAAGAAGGUACUAAGGUAUUUGCAAGGAACAAAAGACCACAUGCUCACCUUUAGGAGAUCUGAUCACCUUGAGGUGAUUGGAUAUUCAGAUUCAGAUUAUGCUGGAUGUGUAGACACCAGGAAGUCUACUUUUAGCUACUUGUUCCUUCUAGCUGGAGGGGCAAUUUCAUGGAAGAGUGCGAAGCAGUCUGUUAUUGCCACAUCCACUAUGGAAGCUGAAUUCAUAGCGUGUUAUGAAGCUACGAAUCAUGGUUUAUGGCUGCAGAAUUUUAUUUAUGGACUUGGAAUUGUCGACACUAUCGCCAAGCCACUGAAAAUUUACUGUGAUAAUUCCGCAGCAGUAUUCUUCUCUAAGAAUGACAAGUAUUCGAAGGGUGAUAAGAAUAUGGAGGUGAAAUACUUUGUCGUUAAGGAAGAAGUUCAGAAAAAAGGGUGUCGAUCGAGCAUAUUAGCAUACAGCUUAUAAUUGCUGAUCCAUUAACAAAAGGAUUGCCUCCUAAGACAUUUGCUGAACAUGUUGAAAGGAUGGGGAUUAUAGGACGUCAUGACUAAAGUUAUUUUAUGUUUCAUGGAUUGACACUUUGAGCUCAUUUAUUUUGUUUCUGGAAUAAAGUUACGAAUCUUGUCUUGUUUAUUAUGAUCAGUAUAUAUACAUUAUGAAUUAUGUGGACAGAACAAGAUUUUGUCUUUAGGAAAGACAUUAUUGUUGGACCAUUAUGAAUACCUUGUUAUGUGUCAAAUUGACCAUGAAACUGGUUUUGUGGUACAUGGAAGGGACUAUGUCGAUAAAUUGAUAUAGAACCGCCAUGAUCCUAAUCUAGCUUUCAUACUUGAUUAUGACUUUAUGGUGAACCAAAUAUUAUGGAUUUAUCUUAUGAUGUGCACACUUAUGUUUAUUAUUAGAUCUUGUGAUAUAUAAUGACACAUGGGCCAAGUGGGAGAAUGUAAGCCCAAUUCCCGUAUGGAUCACUAGGGAAUAAUUGUGGUCCAAGUGUAAUUAUCACUUAAUGGUUUAAUAUAUAAGGUAAGUCAUAUAUUGGUUAGGUUAAUGAAAAAGGUAAUUUCCUAAUAUACCCUGAUGGUGGGUCUAUAUAAAGAAACCCUAGGAUUGGUUCUCUCUCAACCCAUUACGUAGAAUUUCUGAGCCGUCAUAGAAAUCUCUAAACCUAAAACCUAAAGGGGUCAAGAGGGAGAAACUCAAUUCCGGUGAUUACUACUCAAGCCGCCGCCGCCGCUCUCGUCAUAGAUCGAGGUAGGUUUCCUUGAUCUAUUACCGGUUCGUGAAAUCAUCUAAUUCUAAGAUCCAUACUAUUAUGAUUUCUGUUUACAUGAACCCGUCAAUCGUGAACCGUAGUUUAACGACAAGGAAUCCGGGUUAUAUCGGUGGCGAAUUUCAGAAUCAAAGUUCAAAGUCUUAGAAUAUGAACCUAGGCACGUUCUAGAGGUAAGGGAACUCGAUCCAUUAAAGUUGAAAUGAGUUUUCUUGUGAUUUUUUGUUAGGGUGCAGUUCUGGAAAAUUAGCAACAAUUUUACAGGCUAUUAGUGACAGUUUUGGUUGGUCAUUAAACCUGUAGAAAAUUUCUAUAAACACGAUUUAAGUUUUUUAAAUUGUUUCAAACGACUACAAGAGUUUCUUUUCGGGUUUAACAAUUUUAUAAAUUGGACGAGGUCCAGGAGGUGCUUGAUUUCAAUUAACUAAAAAUCAUGUUGAGGUGUUUUUAAAGAUUUGAUAAUUUUCCAGGAGACAAGUCAUUAUGUUCGACCUGAGGAAAUUAUGGUCUGGAUUUUUAAGGAGGAUUAAGUUGGGCUAAAAAUUUAUCCAAAAUGAAUUUAAUUAGAAAAAGGGCCGAUUUUGAAAGGAGUUAUCUCAAGAAAAUUUUUAAAGGAGGUUAAGGAGACUUUGAAAAGUGGUUCAAGUUCAAGGAUUUGAUUUUGAGGAGAGUGUGUUCUAGCAAUUUUGAGGAAUGUCGUCUAGAAUUGAAUUUCUGAUUCAUAGGUUUUCCCAAGAUAAUUCGGCGAACGAGGAAUUUCUUUGAGUAAGGAAUAUGAGUCAUCCUUUUGAGGUGAGUGUAAAUGGGGUAAAUUCUACACCGAGUUCUUAAGGUUAAGCUUUAUUAAUGAAAGCUUUCAGUUAUGAGUUAUAUAUAUACUCGAGAUACAUGGUUGAAGAUUCCUUUUUCCGAGGCAUUGAACUAGGAGAAUUGAGAAUGUAUGAGGCCUAUGGAUGUUUAUUGAGGUAAACCACCGCCUAUUGAAGGUGAGUACAAGAUUUUGAGGUAACCCACUGCUUACCGAAGUUGAGGACAAGAUUUUGAGGUAACCCACCACCUACUGAAGGUGAGUACAGGUUUUGAAGUGUAUGUGAUGUGAUAUGAUGUGAUGCGAUGUGUAUUUUUGAGGUACUUCACCGCCUAAUGAAGGUUGAGAUUAUGU